AUCCUCAACCAGUGACAGCUCGGCAAUUGCUAAGUCUAAUUCUGCCAACAAAAGCAAGGAGCCAGGCCAAGUGUCGUCAGUGGAUGAGGACUAUCCAUUUGUUGAGGAGCCAUCAGAUGACUUCUUCUGUCCAGUGACAACUGGGUCUUUUUCUGCUCCAUCCUCACCUCACAUCAUGCUGUGGUAUCAUAUCUCAGAGGAAGCUGCCAGCAGAAUACAGAGAGAGGGAGGGGCAUGUCCGCUGUGCAAGGAGGAGGAUCGGAGCACAGUUUUAAAUAAACUUUUCCAGCGUCAAGUGAACUCGCUGCGUGUGUUCUGUCGCCACGAGGACAAGGGGUGUGGUUGGCAGGGAGAGCUGGUUGCCUUUCACCAUCACGUGGAGUCUUGUCCAAUGAGAGACGGUCCUCCCAUGACUGAGCUAGUGAACUGCCAGUAUACAGAGAGGCUGGAGCCUUCCCUAGUUUGUCUGGAGCCAUUUCUCCGCACCCUUCUGCCUCUGGAACCAUUUUACGAGUGAACAAGACCCAGCCUGCUCCCCUAGCAACAGCUGUACCCCAUGCCAUACCACCUGUGGUUAAACCAGGAAAGCUCACUGUGCAGUGUCAUCAUAAGAAGACAGCACCUUGUGAAAUGAUCAGAGGAUCUGCAACAACUGAUGGUCGAUUUGCAUACUUCACCCCUAGUGACUCCAACUCAGUCUACCAAUAUGAAAGUAGUCCAGAGAAAUGGGAGGAACUUCCUUCAUGUCCAUGUAGCAACUCUGGACUAGUCAUUAUAGACAGGGAACUAACUGCUGUGGGGGGAUUGGAUGGAUUUCGUCAUAUUAACAAACUAUACACACUACGACAGAGGAAAUGGGUUGAGAAAUACCCUCCAAUGAACACUGCACAUUCCUACACUGCUGUAGUUACUACAUCUGAUGGUGACUACCUCAUUGCGAUUGGGGGGUCUGUUGGUGAUGGUUGGACUGCUACAGUUCAACUAUUGCAAGUGAAAGCCAGAAGAUGGUACCAACUAACAGACUUACCACAACCUCUCCCCUUACCUUCAGCCACAAUAUUUGGCGAUCAGUUGAAUGUGAUAGGACGUGAUGCUAAUGGCUACUCGUGUUCUCUUGCAGCCCUACCAUCCAGUGAUCAACCAAUCACAUCACCUCUCACCCUAUCCUGGAAACCUCUCCCUCCUCUACCAGUGAAAAACUCAACAGCUGCCACUCUCUGUGGACGGCUAGUACUCAUUGGUGGCUUGAGACGGUCAGCAGUCAACUCAAUUCACCAGCUAGUGGAUGGACAGUGGGUGGAGAUUGGCUCUAUGACU